GUCAAUGCUGAGUGAGGCAGCGGUCUCUGCCCCACCCCCUUUGUCACUUCACUUCCUUUGCACCCUUCAUUUAGGUGUUAGGUGUUCAACAGUUUCACAAUUAGACAUCAAGGCACAGCUGCUGCACUUCUGAUCCAGUGGCAUGGCUAUUCUCUUUUGUGUUCUAACUGCGAUGCUAAAAGGCCACCGAGGUGGAUGGUAUCUUUUCUUCCUGGCUGCUGUCAUUCCAGGUGUCCACUUUCAGAGCACUAAUGGCUCCAUCCAGCCUGCUUUGGAGUCUGAGCUUCACUCCAAGGGUCAGAUCUACCGGCCAGUCCUGCAGCCAUCUGAGGCCACUCCUCAAACAGGAAACUAUGUGAAGAAAGAUAGAGGGAAACCCUGCAUCAGAAUUACCAUGGGAGCAGAGUUCUUGGUCACUGAAAACAAGAAAACCUGGUAUUUUGACCUGGACCCCUCCAGAGUUAGGGUCAGUGGUUACUGUGGCAAAGAAGAGGCUCUUCUCUCUCUCACACUGCCAGACAAUGGUGCCAGCCUGCAGUUCAAAUUCAAAAAGGAGAAGACUGUUUUCUACGUCAUCGAGAUGAAUGCACAUUUGUCUCCCAUGCCUGUCUGCAAAGACUGUUCCAACAAGACUUACAAAGGUGUGUUGGCCCAUGAAAAGCUGUUCAAAACUGCUAACGGUCAAAGCUUCAUGUGCAAGUCUGAGAAUCUGCUUUUGAUGUCGUCUGAGCUGAAGAUCAAGCUGGUUCCUGUGCAGAUGCAGGCCUUCAACCUGUCUCAAGGACAGUAUGGAAAAGAGGUGGAGUGCUGGGCUGACUAUAACAAGAGAAUCAUUCCCAUCAUCAUCGGGGCAGCCGUCGUGUGUCUCAUUCUUAUCAGUUUGAUGAGCUUCCUUGUGGUCAGAGAUCGCCGCAGAGAUGGAUACGAACGGAUUUGAAUGGCGAAGAGUUCACUGUGAAACUGGACUGGGGGUGGUGGUGGGGGUGCUAUUGGCUUGUUCAUACACUUGCUCUUUCACUUGUUCUUUUCCUAAACCUUCAUUUGGCUUGUCACAUUCUUCUGUUAACAGCAAAGACGGUUUGUCUGGUAUUUACAAUUUGAAUAAAUAAAACUUUUUUUUAAAA